AUGGCAAUGGAUGCUUUGCGAUACAUGGCCACUGGCAGUGACUUUGCAAAAAAUAGCCUCAAAUAUAUCAACGACUUCCAGGUGGUUGUCAAUAAGGCUUUGGCAUCAAUGUACCGCCGAGACCAUGGAACCGCCUCCUCAGCGAGGGUCUCAGACUCACAAGAGUUUGGAGACUCAACAGAAAGCCAAGAAACUGUCACGCAAUCGUCAAUGCAGCCUCUCCGCCCGCCUGAUUCCAUCCUUUUGGAAUCACAUCCAGAGGCUGAUCCUGAAGACGUGGACCUCUCGCAUCAUCAAGUGGGUCAAGAAAUCCCAAGGAUGGCCUUCUUUGAUGCCAUAGAGACUGCCCUUGAGAAUUUUUCAUUUACAGAAUUGCAUCUACUUGGAUUCGACUGUCUUUACUCGAGCCAGGUAUCGAAUUGGGACAACGUGGGUCCCUAG